CGUUUUCUACUUUUUCUUUUUGAGUGAAGAAAAAAGAAAAGGAAAAAGAAGAAGUUGAAUGAUGCUCUCUGCAUUAUGCAGUCCAAAAAUUGUCUCCAAAAUCUUUCGUCGUCUUCUUCCUCUCUGCAACAACUCUGUUUUUUGCUGCACAUCGCCACUGACACCCCAACAAAGCCGCUGAAACAGGGGACACCCACCACUCUUUCUUCUUCUACUUCUCACUCCAUUACUCAUUAAUCAUCACACCCUAAAUCAAGUUUUUUCCUUCAUGGGUCUCCUUUCUCUCUCCCCCCAUUCUUCCUUUUCGCCUCACAUACCCAUUACAUGAGGAUUCUCUUUCUGGGUCUUUGCGAUGACGACCGUCCAAGCCUCCCACGUUGUCGCAAUGGAUGUAGAACAACACCAACAACGCCCUCGCACUGACUCCGAUGAUGUGCGGCGGUGUUCGGUCCACUCCAGGGCUGACAUUCUGGAGGAAGAUGGGGUGGCGGUGGCGGCGGCGGCGGCGGUGGAGAAAAGAAGGGGAUCCUCUGUGUCGGAGUGCUCUGUUGAGAUGGAUCUCGAAUGUGGGUUGGCUGAGAUUAAGGUACAUUUGGCGAAAAUCGAGAAGGAUUGCAGGAUUUGUCAUCUGAGUUUGGACGCUUCUAAUCAUGAAUCUGGAAUCCCUAUUGAGCUGGGUUGUUCUUGUAAAGAUGAUUUGGCUGCUGCUCAUAAGCACUGUGCUGAGGCUUGGUUCAAGAUUAAGGGCGACAUCACAUGUGAGAUCUGUGGAUCAAUUGCACACAAUGUUACUGGUACUUAUGAAGCCGAUUCAACAGAGCAACGCAAUGAACCAAACGAAGCAACAACAGCAACUGCUACAGCUGCUAUCGUGAUGCCACCACACUCUACAGAGGCACGAAACUUCUGGCAAGGCCACAGGUUCCUGAACUUCUUACUCGCCUGCAUGGUUUUCGCCUUCGUCAUAUCAUGGCUAUUUCACUUCAAAAUACCCUCAUAAUUAUGGAAAAGAAAACUAUAUUUGAAAAGUAGCAUCAAAGGCUUGUCGAAAAUCUUCAUCGUCCUCUCUUCAUUCUGCAAUGCCUUCACUGAAACAAGCUCGAAAGAUCAACUAGAUUGCACGGUUACCGGCUUGGGAUUGUGAUUACAAAUAUUCUGUUAAUAUAUAUUAGUAUUAGAGAACCUUGGAGGAAGAGUUUGGCUUUUGUAACAUGUAAGAUGUAUAAUGAAAUUGUUUGUUAGUUUAUAUUGUAUUAUUGGGCUCAGCCUAGCUGGAUUGGCCAUCUCAAUUGUUCGUGCUGUUUGUCUCUUGUCGUUUCAUUGUGGAUAAUUCUCUGUUGAGAUUCCGACAUGUAGUUCCUUCUAUAACAACAAAAUCGGAUUUGGGUCUCCAAAUAAUGUAUGUUAAGAAAAAAAGGCAGAAAUGUUUGAUCAAA